UUAGGGUCAUUAUACACGUGCACAAGCAAAUAGUCCCAGACCAGCAAUGAAUUCCCAAACUGCACCAAAACAGAAUUCUCACCAGCACCAGCAGCAGAGGAAUACUAGGCCCAGUAAGCGGAAAGGUUCUGAUAGCAGCAUGCCUGAUGAAGAGAAGGUGAAAGAGGAAAGAUUUGAUUAUAUAGGUCGAGGAGAAAACCCCAAAAACAAAAAUAAACACUUCCUUAGUAAAAGAAGAAAACCUGAAGAGGAUGAAAAGAAAUUAAAUAUGAAGAGACUGCGGACAGACAAUAAUCUCAGAUUACUCUGAGAGCAGUGACUCAGAAAUCUCCAAUAAAAGAUUAACAGAUUCCUCCUCAGAGCAAAACUCAGAGAAUGAGUUAAA